CAUGAUACGGGUCCUGUCUUGUAAAUUCGACAAUUCUUGACAAGUCUCUUAGACACAUUGUAGCUAGGAUAAUGAACUUAAAGAUGACUUUCUGAGUGAUUCUUGUUACUGGCUUUUAUUACCCAGGUACGUAUGUAACCAUUCCUACUUCGGUACUACAGUAAGUAUUAAGAGCAAUUGGACUGUUGCCAGCCGAUUGAUUGGUAGGUACCUAAAUUUGUACCAGUACCUAGGUGCAAACCCCGGAACACUCCCCACUGUACCUUAUUUACGAAGUACCUAGCUACCUACGUAGUUUAAAUACUUGUGUCAGAGCUGCGGUACGCUAAGCCUAAUUAGAUAAGUAAUAAAGUCGAGCAAGUUUGCAUACAGCGCAUGCUGGUGUCACCACUGGACACGCACCUAGACUUGCGUUCAGAGCAGCAAGAGAUGAGGAGGAUUGAAAAGUGAAGGAAUACCGUAAAAGGAACAGGAUCAAAUGCAUCUAGCUCCGCCGCCCGAGUCUUUCGGCGACGAGUUCGACUCUCACGCCAGUGGCCUCCAAAUGACGGCCCCAUCGGUCUAUGACCCCCUGGACGAUAUAUUUGGCCCGGAUCCCGAUCCGCCUGCACAUGGACCAAAUGCAUCGGUAUUCCAGGGCAACCAUGACAUAUCGUUGGAUACCCAAAGUCUUCAGGCUCAGCACCACACUGUGGGCUAUCGCGACGGCAUCACCGCCGGUAAGGCUGGCAGCAUUCAAACCGGCUUCGACCAAGGGUUUUCUCUCGGCGCCAACAUCGGUCUGAAGGCCGGUCAGUUGCUCGGCCUUCUCGAAGGCAUCAGCGCUGCUCUAGCCGAGGCUGGCGACUCCGACCACGCCCAUAAGCUUCUUUCCGAGGCCGCGGCCGAGUUGAACCCCGAAUGCAUCUUUACUUCCGAGUUCUGGGCCGCGGAUGGCAGCUGGGUGUACCCCGUCACAGCAUCUCACGAGGGCGGCGAAAUCAUUUAUUCCGAUGUCGCUGACCAGCAUCCCCUUAUCGCUAAAUGGAGCCGGAUCGUACGUGAUGAGGCAGAUAGGUGGCAAGUCGAUCAAACCCUGCCCGUCCUCGAGCCCAAAGGAGUAUCCGAGCGCGAUGAAAGUGCGGCAUUGCCGGAAACAUCGACUAAAGCAAACCUUUCUUCUCGAGAUGCUAUUCAGUGGUGACCAAUAGCUAGCUAUAUCGGAGGCUUCGGUCCGUCCCGCAGCAAACGAAGAAUAUCGGCCAUAUCAGAUACACACGGAUCGGACUCGUCCUGAAGCGCCUAUAUAAGACCAAGGCUGCUCUCCAGGAAUUUCGGGGGAACAAAUCAUCUCAAAUCAGUGGCCUCCCACGUUUGUGGUAACACGUACGUCGCUCUCGAGUGCUCACUCCGCGGAGGCAUAUGCCGAUACCAACGAAUGGACGUCGGACCAGUUGCUGACGGAACGGUAUAGUGCUCGCUGGAUUCAUGCCUUCCAAGCUCAUCACUUGCCCUUCCUCUCUCGGUUUUC